AUAUCUGUGGUCACUUUUUGACAGGCAGAAAAGACGUUUUCCCGAGUACCAGUUGUUCAUAUGUGCUCUGUAUCUUAAAAUAUACACUUGGCUUCCUUUUUCCGGAAUUGAUCUUAAUCCUCUCCAGCCACCGGAAGCGCUAGAUAAAGCCGAGGCUGGAAAGUGCGUCACAGCUCGGAGCUGCCGACAGUUAACGGGGACCUGCACUCCAGCACCGACUGUCUUCCCUUAUUCAAUUUGCACAAGAAACCAUCGCUGAGGCUUCCUCUCCAGCAUGGUGAAGAUCGCUUUUAACUCGGCUCUGGCGCAGAAGGCGCUGGGCAAAGAGGGUGCAGCUGCAGUGAAGGAUGCUGAGCUGGCCUCUGCUCCAGUGGGCAACGAGGGCUCCACAGGUCGCUGUCUGCUCACCCUGCUGGGCAUCGCCUUCAUCCUCAGUGGGCUCAUCGUGGGGGGAGCAUGUCUCUAUCGAUAUUUCACUCCCAAGAGGCUGUAUCACGGUGCGAUGCAGUUCAACGACGUGUCCGCCGGAGCUAGAGAGAGCCAGCCGUAUUAUCUGCCCCAGGUGGAGGAGGAAGUCGAGAUCUCUGAUAGCAUGGCCGUCAUCAGUGUCCCACCUCCCCGCUUCAGACCUGGAGACCCCGCCUACAUCCUCCAUGACUUCAACAGGAAGCUGACAGCAUACCUCGACCUGACUCUGAGGACCUGUUUUGUGAUUCCUCUGAACACCUCGGUGGUGCUGCCCCCUCAGGACCUCAUUGACCUCUUCUCACAGCUGAUGUCUGGCUCUUACCGCAGCUACCUGGUGCAUGAGGACCUGGUGGUGACAGAGCGUAUUAAUGACAUCAAACCUCUGGGCUUCUACAUCCGCCGCCUCUGUGAUGGAAAGGAGACGUACAGGAUGCAACGCCGCUCAAGCCUGCCAGGUGGAGGCAUCCAGAAGCGCUCUGCAGAUGCAUGUUUCACCAUCCACCACUUUGAGAACAAGUUUGUGACUGAGACCAGGAUCUGCAAGGCUUGAUGGGAAAGCAUGAAAAUAGGUUAGAAAGAGAGUAACUGAGCGUGAGAGCCAGAGUGACAGAGACAGACUGAGAGUAGGAGGCAGUUAGCAAAGGAGGGAACAACUACUAGCAGAAAGUUACUUUUGUAUAGAACUCUUAGCUCCAGUUUUUUGCCCCGCUGCUUUAACCCUAGUGAUAAGUGAUUUGAGUUACAUCGUUACAAACCCCCUACCCUUCUGCUGUGCUCCCCUGAUCCACUCUAAGUCAUAACUUUCUUGCUCAAAUAUUUACUAGUUAAUCUCGUACUGAUAACCAGCCUCAGUCUGCUUUCUAAGGAGAUAUUCUAAGUUUUGUUUGUUCAGUUUUUUUUUGUUUUGUUGCUGUAGCUUCCUGCUGACUUAUCCUAUUGUUGUUACAACAUCCAGUCACCUCCAGAUGAGGGUUGUUAUUCCUGCUACUGAAUAUCAGGUCGUUCAUAUUAGACCUGUCUGUAUGUCAGCCUACUGUUCUGAUCUGCUGUAUAUCGUGAUAUAGCACAAGUCACCCUUAAACUGUAUGGUACAUAGUUACAGUACACAUGUGAUAUGGUAGUCAGUCAGUACGUUUACAUGCAUAAAGACAAGCUGGAUAAGGCAAAUGAACUGAACUACUGUCCUUGUCCCACUACACAAGCACAUCAAUAUAUUUCUUUAUGGGAGCAUGUACACCUGGUGAUGGUGAUGUGCCCUUUUCAGCUAGUUGCUGUGGACCUUCUAGCGGUAAACUAGUUGUCUAACUGUGAAAACAUGGACAGAUUUUACAGCUCCGUAAAUUCGGUGCAUACUCUUUACUUUUGGCAAAAAUGCAGUGCGUGCCAUCCCUUUAGCUUACGGUGAUAUCCAUGGGUGAAUGACAACACAACUCGUGCUAUAGCUUAGUAUUGAGGUCAUCUGUUUCCAGGCAAAAGUCCGGCUUGGAUAAAGUGGAGCAUGCCUAGACCGCCUCGUCCAGUCUAGGCCAACUGAGGAGUUUCAGUGCAAGAGUAAAUAAAUCUCCAAUGUUAAGGCUGACUCAGACUGCACGAAUUCAGCCAGAUUUUGGCCUGACUGAAACGUCGCUGAUCAUAGUCAAACCUCGGCCCAGAUUCUGAGCGUCAAGAAUGACAAACGCUUUUGUAGUGGCAGGCUGUAAACCGUUAACAGUACCAUCACCGGUAAGAUUUCUGCCAAAAACGCUGCAUAGCCAAUGUGCUCGCCGACAGAGACAGCCGCAUGGGGCUUUAACACACAAGCUGCAUGCUGCUUUGGCUGGUCUCAGUUUGUCUUGAGCCCAGCACUGCAGCAUUUCGUCUUACAACAGCUUAGACAACCUUUUAAAGGUUUGUUUAACUUUGUUUUUUACAUGCAUGAUGAGUCAAAGAGAGGUAGCUUUAAACUGUAGCUGCAGAAACUCGCUGGCGCUAUAGCCAAAGCUAAGCUAAAUCAGUCAUAAACAUGCUACUUGUGUCCAAUUCUUCACAAUAAAAGUCCAUAGUUGUUAUUUUUCUGAAAUGCUUUUAUUGUAAAUGCCCACAUUAGGAAACACAGAGAAAACAUUUCCCUUGAUCUUAUGCUCAGACACGCAUUCAGUAUGCUAUCAAAGGUUUGUUUCAGAAGGAGGAGAGGGUUGUAAGACCUGAAGAUGGAUUUAAAUGUACUAUUUCUUUUUAAUUUUGUAAUAUCGUGAUAUAUUACAUUUACUGUAAAGUGCAAGAAUAAUGCCAUGCUAUGAUAUUAAGGCCAUAUCGCCUAGACCUACUAAAUAGACGCCGCACGAUUGGACAAGACUAACAUGCCCUGACUGGAUGUCAACGAUGUGGAUCCUGAUGCAUUAUCUUUCUGUCAUAAUUUACGAGUGACUAAAAGUCCCCACUUUUCUCUCUCUGGAGAUUUAUGAGAACAUACACCAAGUUUCUUGACUUUAUCACACAACUCAAGUUUGAUUUGGAGGACAUCCGGUCAAUAUCGCCCGCCUCUCUAUACACUGGGAUGAGUCCAAAACUGUUUCUUGUUUGUUUCUGUCUUAGCUAUGAUUUACUCUCUUUGCCCCGCCCCCACUGGCGACCUGUAAACUCGCACACAGCUGCGGAGACCGUGGUGAUGUCAGCAUACCCAGAGUGUUUAGGAUCACUCUUGCAGUGUUGCCAGGCAGUCAGCCAAGACAGGUCAGGAUUUUAGUGGCGUAGUCAGACAUGGUGCCAUCGUGAACAACCAAAAAAAUCAUGCAGUCUGAGCCGGCCUUAAAUCUAUCUUCCAGAAAUUCCCGUCAGUGUGAUUUCAGUUGGACUAGCAUGUUCACAUGCAUUUUGAAAGUCCUGUUUCAGUCAGAUUAACCUGAUAAUUUCACUUCUAUCUGCAUGUAAAUGUACUGAGUGCUAUUAAUGGAGAGCCACUCAGAGCUACUCAAAACUAGAGCUCACAGUCAUCGUUUAUGUAAAUAUUUCCCAGGGUGCCCUGCAGCUCCAUGAGGCCCUUGGUCCUGGUGUGUGAUGUUUUAUUUUAUUAAUGAUGUCAUACCUGAUGGUGAACAGUCCAGCACCCUAUAUAACCAGUGUUUGUGUUUGUAGAAACUUCGUAUGUGACACUGAACUUGAAAGAUCAUUUAUUUGCCAAGUAAUGAAUAAGCUAAAGGGAAAUUUCACCAAAUGAAACUUUUAAAACACAAAUGUUUAAAUUAAAUAUUUAUGUGAAGUGAGGUUAUCUGCAAUAAAUAUCUUACUUUAAGAGGGGUCCAGUUUACAGCUAAUUAAAAAUCUCUGGAACAGUUUAUGAAAACUUGAGAAUCUGCACAGCUGAUUUGAAAACUUUAAUAGGCAAACCUGGGUGUAAAAGAAAUGUCUUCUGCUGAACUGCUUGUCAAUUUCACUGUUUUCCCUCAUGAUGCCUGCACAGAAAGACAAUCAGAAUGUGUGCUUGUAAAAAGGGUUACUGUCUCAGCUUUUUAACAGUACUAAAAUGUGAUAAAAAUCAGUGUUGUGUCCAGCUACUGAAAUGACUUUCACUUUGUUGCAAAAUAAAAUUACAUUUCUUUACCUACA